GAGAAAAUAGCAGAUCUGCUGCAGAUAGGGUAGGGGAAAGGGUCUAGAAUAUGUACACGCAGCUGAUUCAGGCAGGCUCCACGCUGGACGGUUACACAGAGAGGAAACAAUAAAUCUCAGCUACUAUGCAAUAAAUAUCUCAAGUUUUAACUAAGGAAACUACCAUUACAAUGAAAUAAAAAAAAUAACAUUUUAGAGCAAAGCUAACAAAUGGCUAGUUUUCUGUGAUUCUUCUUCAAAAGCUUUCUUUGAGGGGGAAAAAGUCAAACAAACAAGCAGUUUUACCUAAAAUAAAAACUAGUUUAAAGGUCAGAAGAAAGGAGCAGGUUUUGCGAGAGGCACGGAAAGAGAGUGCUGGCAGUACAAUGACAGUUUUCCUUUCCUUUGCUUUCCUCGCUGCCAUUCUGACUCACAUAGGGUGCAGCAACCAGCGCCGAGGUCCAGAAAACGGUGGGAGAAGAUAUAACCGGAUUCAGCAUGGGCAGUGUGCCUACACUUUCAUUCUUCCAGAACACGACGGGAACUGUCGUGAGAGUGCGACAGACCAGUACAACACAAACGCUCUGCAGAGAGAUGCUCCACACGUGGAACCAGAUUUCUCUUCCCAGAAACUUCAACAUCUGGAGCAUGUGAUGGAAAAUUAUACUCAGUGGCUACAAAAAAUUGAGAACUACAUUGUGGAAAAUAUGAAGUCGGAGAUGGCCCAGAUACAGCAGAAUGCAGUUCAGAACCACACGGCCACCAUGCUCGAGAUAGGAACCAGCCUCCUCUCUCAAACCGCAGAGCAGACCAGAAAGCUGACAGAUGUUGAGACCCAGGUACUAAAUCAAACUUCUCGACUUGAAAUACAACUGCUAGAGAAUUCAUUAUCAACAUACAAGCUAGAGAAGCAGCUUCUUCAACAGACAAAUGAAAUCCUAAAGAUUCAUGAGAAAAACAGUUUAUUAGAACAUAAAAUCUUAGAAAUGGAGGGAAAGCACAAGGAAGAGUUGGACACCUUAAAAGAAGAGAGAGAGAAUCUUCAAAUCUUGGUUACUCGUCAAACAUAUAUAAUCCAGGAGCUGGAGAAACAAUUGAACAGGGCCACCAACAAUAAUAGUGUCCUUCAGAAGCAGCAGUUGGAGCUGAUGGACACAGUACACAACCUUGUCAACCUUUGCACUAAAGAAGGUGUUUUACUAAAGGGAGGAAAAAAAGAGGAAGAGAAACCAUUUAGAGACUGUGCAGAUGUAUAUCAAGCUGGUUUUAAUAAAAGUGGAAUCUACACUAUUUAUAUUAAUAAUAUGCCAGAACCCAAAAAGGUAUUUUGCAAUAUGGAUCUUAAUGGAGGAGGUUGGACUGUAAUACAACAUCGUGAAGAUGGAAGUCUAGAUUUCCAAAGAGGUUGGAAAGAAUAUAAAAUGGGCUUUGGAAAUCCCUCUGGUGAAUAUUGGCUGGGGAACGAGUUUAUUUUUGCCAUAACCAGUCAGAGACAGUACACACUAAGAAUUGAGUUAAUGGACUGGGAAGGAAACCGAGCCUAUUCACAAUACGACAGAUUCCACAUAGGAAACGAAAAGCAGAACUACAGGUUGUAUUUAAAGGGUCACACUGGGACCGCAGGAAAACAGAGCAGCCUGAUCUUACAUGGUGCUGAUUUCAGCACUAAAGAUGCAGAUAAUGACAACUGUAUGUGCAAAUGUGCCCUCAUGCUAACAGGAGGCUGGUGGUUUGAUGCUUGUGGCCCCUCCAAUCUAAAUGGAAUGUUCUACACUGCCGGACAAAACCAUGGAAAACUGAACGGUAUAAAGUGGCACUACUUUAAAGGGCCCAGUUACUCCUUACGUUCCACAACAAUGAUGAUUCGACCUUUGGACUUUUGAAGGCAUCAUGUCAAAAGCAGUGAUAAAAGCAACAGAGAAAUCUGAAGAAGCUACCAAAUAAGAAACUGCUCGAAAACUUCUGAAGCAAAUGAUAGUGUCUCCCUUCCAGCCACAAGUGGCAGUUAUGUGAAGUCACCAAGGUUCUAGACUGGGUUUGGAGCCUUUUGAGUUCACCAGAGUCUCUCGAUGAGGUUAAUUGUGUUCACAUGGCUUGACUAUGGAGAAUGCCGCUCACUGUCAUGUUUUAAAAAGGGAAGAAACUGUUCAGUUCACUGUGCUUCAAACUACUACUGGAUCUUAUUUUAGAACUGUGGUAGCCAGGUGAUAAAAUGGUUUAUGUCAUGUAAAAACUGAGAAGAAGGAAGGAGGAGGAGAAAGGGAACAACGCAAAAAGAAGAAUAUACAUGAAGAAUACAAGCAGGGCUGCCAUAAUCGUUUGGAAAAGUCUCACACCAGUGCAAUGGUGUUAUUUCUAUGCAAACCUACUAAAAAUCAGUCUAUACUGUUGUGUAAUUUUGAUAGAAGUCUAAGAAGAAUAAGCAUUGCCCUCUAAGUUGGUUAAGUGUUAAUGGAUUCCAGAAGCCUAACUCUUGAAUCAUACUUACUCCUUGAUUAUUUCAGUUAACCCAUCCUCAAAUGUAAAUUCCUUUUUGCUAAACCAUGAUGAAUUGUAGAACAUGGAGAAGAAAUAGUGUAAGGUAGAAACAUCCUCCGUUUACUCUUUGUUUUUUUUUAUGCAGUUUUCAGGAAAGAAAUGGGCAUAAUCAAGUGUGGACAUAUGAAAUAAGAAAUUAACCCCCUAUGUGACAGUUUUCACUUACUUUAAAAACUGACUGAUACACAAAUAUAUUUAUAGCGUGAGUAAAGUUUAAAGAAUGUGAAAUAUACCAUCAUGCUCUUAAAAUAAUAUACGUGCAUUUACUAUUUCCUUUGAUAUUAUACAUGAAAACAGUAUUUUUGAGUAUAUUAAGUUGGAGUAAAACCAAGGAAGCUGGAACAGUUCAUUUUACAAUAUCAUCUUGCGUGUGUACACUUAAGUGUAACUUCUUUACUUUUAAAAUAAUGAUUUCAGUUCUUCAUUCUGUUAUUUCAUGCUAAUUUAAUUUUUGCCAAUUAACUGAAACAUGCUUUCCAGAUUCACCCUGUUCCAGUUUCUAUGAGAGAUACACUUUGAAGUCUAUGAAAAAUAAAGGAAGAAUUAUAAAUAUCACUGUAUAUAGCGUUUUAGUUCCAUGGUAAACCUAAUAGCUGUUUAAUCUGGAGUGCAAAUAGUCCUUCAUUGAUGCAAAUAAACCCAAGUUUUCAGAGAAAUCUACUAAACUAUUUUAUGAAAUACAUUAUUUCUUCACAUUUUUCUCUCUCAAGCUCUGUUUUCAAAGGAAAUAUCUGAUUUUUAAAAAGCCAUU